UUUUUUUUGAAGACGCAGUGAGAGAAGAAACACCUGCUCCAGUUUCAGGCCGUCACCGUGACAGAUCUACAGACACGGCUACACUGACAACAUCAUACCAGUGACACAGGGCGGUGCGUCAGAGUCGACACCAGUCUUCACCUGAAACACAAAGAACAUCAGAGGAUCAGAACAUCAGAACAUCGGAAGAUCAGGGCCGGAGGAGGUCGAGAUGAGUUACUUUCAACUAUUUUUCCUGUUUUGCUUUCUGGGUCUUCACGCUGCAGUGGCACAGGAGCGCGUUUAUGCUCGACUUGGAGAUAAUGUUCAGAUAAACUCGCGUCAUGAACCAGACAAGUAUUUUUUUUGGUCCAUCGGUGGUAAAGACGUGGCUUGGUCUAAUCCGAAUGGAGGGAGAAAUAUAGCCCCAGACUGGACUGGUCGUUUGAGCUUGUCCUCCAAUGGGCUGGUCAUAAAGAACGUGACUCAGAGAGACUUUGGCGUCUUCACCUGCACCGUCAAGGACAAACUCAAAGAAGUGGGCACGGAGACUUUUAGACUGUUUCAACUCAACGUGGAUGUGGAGAAAACCGUGCUGCUGCCAGGAGAGUGGUUGUCUCUGAGCUGCAGUGUUUCAGACGGACUGUCCUCUCCUCAAAUCCACUGGGUCGAUCCACAAGGACAGAAGUCUGACGGGGGCAGAGUCAGGGUCCAGGCGGCAGGUGCACACAGCGGACAGUGGACCUACGUCGUCUCUGAUGGGGACAGAGAGACAAAAGGGAACGUUAAAGUGACUGUGAUUGACUUGCUUCCUUCAGCUCUUGUCCGGACCCUGUACACCUCCACCUCUUCUCCUCUCUCCAUCCCGUGCUCCCUCUCUCCGAGCAAUUCCUGGGAGGAAGUCAAAUCCAAGGGCGUCCUCGAAGUUGGCUGGAACUUCUGCCCCCCAAACCUCCAACGUAAUAAAUCAAGUCUGCACUCACUUUCUCUGGAGACCAAACCGAGCUGGAAGAGGCAUACGGAGAGAGCACCAAGGCCUAAACUCAACCCCAGCACCGGCGACUUGUCUCUGGGCAGAAACGUGGGGCGAGAGGAGGACGCCGGAGCCUACGAGUGCUUCCUGAAGUUUCAGCAUGGAGGGAUUGUGAACAGGACUGUACGUGUGGAAGUGCUGCAAAUCAUCGCUUCACCCGGGACGACGCUUACUGAAGGCGAGCAGCUGAACCUGACCUGCACGACGGGUCACCCCCUGCCACCCGACCUCCAGGUCAAGUGGUCGCCCCCUCAAAACUCCUCUCUUCCCGUUUUCCCCUCGUCCGUCCAGCCGCCCGCUCACAUAAACGUGCCGUCGGCGGGCGGGGAGCAGAACGGGACCUGGAGGUGUGAGCUGUGGAGAGGAGAGGAGCUGCUGACGUCGGCUGUGGUGGAGCUGAGAAUCGAGUCAAAGAUCAGCGUGUGGAUGUUGGUGACCCUCUGCGCUGCGGCCGCCAUUUUGGUUCUCCUGGUCAUUCUCAUUGUCAUCAUUCACAGACGCAGACAGCGGAGAACAAGACGAUACAAAGGAUUCUGCCACUGCAAAAACCCCAAACCAAAAGGAUUUUACAGAUCGUGACCUGAGCCGCGCCGUAAAGAGGACAUCAGAGCCAGUCCAUUUCAGGCUAAAUUAUGUGUUAAAUGAUGUUUGGACCCUUUCACGAGUCUAACAAGAAGGAAGAUUAGAAACAGACCAUACUCCCUACUCUCAUACUGGGCCUGGUUAGUCCUGGUUUAGUCCUGGUUUAGUCCUGGUUUAGUCUGGGUUUAGUCUGGGUUUAGUCUGGGUUUUGUCCUGGUUUGGUCCUGGUUUAAUCCUGAUAGAAUCCUGGUUUUGUCCUGAUGUAAACUUGGUUCCUGGUUUAUUUUGGUUCUAGUCUGGGUUUAGUUCAGGUUUAGUUCAGUUUUAGUCUGGGUUUAGUCCUGGUUUGGUCCUGGUUUUGUCCUGGUAUAUUCUGGGUUUAGUCUUGGUUUAGUUCAGGUUUAGUCCAGGUUUGGUCCUGGUUUAUUCUAGGUUUAGUCUGGGUUUAGUCUGGGUUUAGUCGGGGUUUACUCCCAGUUUAUUUCUGGUUUAGUCCUGAUGUAGACUUGGUUCCUGGUUUAGUCCCGGUUUAAUCCUGGACUAGUCCAGUUCAGGUUUAGUACAGGCUGAGUCCCGCUUUGGUCCUGGUUUAGUCUAGGUUUACCCUGGGUUUAGUCCAGGUUUAAUCCAGGUUUAGUUCUAGUAGAAUCCUGGUUUAGUUCUGGUUUAGUCCUGGUUUGGUCCUGAUGUCCUGAUGUAGACUUGGUUUCUGUUUUAGUUCAGGUUUAGUCCAGGUAUAAUCCUGGUUUAGUCCGAGUUUACCCCUGGUUUAGUUCUAGUAGAAUCCUGGUUGAGUUCUGGUUUAGUCCUGGUUUAGUCCAGAUGUAAACUUGGUUCCUGGUUUAGUCCUGGUUUCGUUCUGGUUUGAUCCUGUAUUAGUCCUCAUGUAGACUUGCUUAGAUCCUGUUCUAGUCCUGGUUUAGUCCUGGUUUAGUCCUGGUUUUAGAUUUUAUGCAAAUGUGAAUACAGUUGUAAAAAACAAUGUAAUUAUAAUUCUGUUUGUGUAACAUAAUUUCCAACUUUCUACUAUUUUUAUUUGAUGUAUGUGUAACCUUUUUGUUCUGACUGUAUUUUUUAUGUAAAUAUUGUUCAUAUUCACUUUAAAAUCAGACAUUUCAGUCAAAAGCAGUUUUAGAAUUCUGCUUGUGUGCAAACUCACUGACAACUUCAACCUUCACGGACAAUUUAAGAUCAGGUCAGUGUUCAGGGGUUUUUUGUUUUACACGAGAGCUUCAAGACGAGACACUUUAUUAACCAUAAUUCAAACCUCUGUGUACAGUUCAGUACAGCAAACGUUUUACUGUUAUUGUGCUGUAGUUGUUUUAUUUUUUUAUGUAUGUAUUUCAAAACCAUGUUAGAUUUUGUAUCUCUACUGGUUUAAGUUUAUGUAAAAUAUGAAUUAAAUAAACUUGUUUC